CGCACACUCAUCCCGCUUGAAUCCUGGGGCAGGGACUCAGAAAACUUCCAGCCCGGGCAGCGCGCGCUUGGUGCAGAACGCAGGAGCAACCGGUCCGUCCCCCUCCAACUCUCCGGUGCCGCUGCCGCCUGCUCCCGCCAUCCGAGGAGGCGCGGUGCCACCCACCGCUCCGUCCCCUGCCUGCGCUCAGUGCGCGACCCGAUCCCCGCAGAAUCUCCCCAUCCUCCCUUUGCUUUCUGACUGCCCAAGGCGCUAUUUGUUUUCUCUCUUUCUCUUUCUUGCUCUGCGAGAGGGGAGGGGGGGGAAGAGGAGGAGGAAUUCUUUCCCCGCCUAACGUUUCAAGGGACACAAUCCACUCCAAGUCUCUUCCCUUUCCAAGCCGCUUCCGAAGUGCUCCCGGUGAUCGCAACUUUUGAUCCCAAACCGAGAGGGGAGUCUCCCAACUUCAAAUCCUCUUUUCCUUCUCCUUCGCUUUCCUCCUCUCACUACCUCCACCGCCACCGCCACCUCCACCUCCGGCACCCACCCACCGCUGCCGCCGCCACCAGCAGCGCCUCCUUCUCUCCUCCUCCUCCUCCCCUCUUCUCUUUUUGGCAGCCGCUGGACGUCCGGUGUUGAUGGUGGCAGCGGCGGCAGCCUAAGCAGCAGCAGCCCUCGCCGCACGCCAGCUCUAGCCCACCCUGCCUUAUUCUCUAGUCCUACCUCCCAAUCUCCCGAAAGGUGCUGGGCAGAUUCGGGGCGGCUGAGGCGAAGCGGCAGCGGUAGGAGCGGCGGCGGCAGCGGUAGCGGCGGCGGCGGGAGGCAGGAUGAGCGCACGCGGUGAAGGCGCCGGGCAGCCGUCCACUUCAGCCCAGGGACAACCUGCCGCCCCGGUGCCUCAGAAGAGAGGACGCGGCCGACCCAGGAAGCAGCAGCAAGAGCCAACCGGUGAGCCCUCUCCUAAGAGACCAAGGGGAAGACCCAAAGGCAGCAAAAACAAGAGUCCCUCCAAAGCAGCUCAAAAGAAAGCAGAAGCCACUGGAGAAAAACGGCCAAGAGGCAGACCUAGGAAAUGGCCACAGCAAGUCGUUCAGAAGAAGCCUGCUCAGGAGGAGACUGAAGAGACAUCCUCACAGGAGUCUGCGGAAGAGGAUUAGGGGGCGCCAACAUUCAAUUUCUACCUCAGCAGCAGUUGAAUCUUUUGAAGGGAGAAGACACUGCAGUGACCACUUUUACUCUCUAUCGCCAUGGUCUUUCCACUUUCA